AUGUUUCAAUUAAUUAAUUUACGUCAAAACAAUUUAAAUGCGAGUUUUCAACAAGCAAAGCAAACAAUAGACGAUACUUUUUAUUUUUUAAUAAAAACAUUACAUGAAGCACAAAAAAGUUUAUAUAAAGAAUUGGAAGGAGCUUAUAGCUAUAAUAAUAAUAAUUUAAAUUUAAAUAAAUUGGGAGGAGGAGAAUAUCGUUUAGGAGUACCAGAUUUACAACAAGCUAAACAAGCUAUAAUUACACCAUUUAAUCAAUUGAGGGCUGGAGGGGCUUGGAUUAAUAAUAAUCAACAACAAAAUAAUCGUCCAUCGAUGUCUUUGGGAACAACAAAAAUUAAUUGUAACAGUAGUAAUAAUAGCAGAAAUAAUAUAUUAGCUACAUCAGCACCUACUAAUAGUAAUAAUGGAUGGGGUGGAAAUAAGCCUCUAGUUUCACUCGAUUGCAGAUGCGAUAGGAGAACACAAGACAAAUGCGAAUGUUAG